ACAAACAAAAGCCGCAUCAUAAACAAAAACAAACGACCAUAAAAUAAACAAAUUGCGCUGAUUCAAGAUCAUAUUUUGUGCAAAAAGUUAUCAUAAAAACUCAACUAACACAAAAUAAUUAAUUAUUAAAUUACGUAUUUGUUAUCCGAACAAAUUACAAUGUCAACCACGUUCAACUACAAGGACUUGCUUUCGUAUUGCUGCGUAUGUUUGAAACCGAUGGAACCGGCUUCGGAAACGGAAACCGUGUCUCCCGAUUUCGUGGAUCCGCAGUCCGGAUUGACGGUGGCCAUGAUGCUUCACGAGGUACUCCUGGAUUCUUCGUACCAUGAGCUUGAAACACCGGAUUCUGAGGGGAAUGGAAUUUGCAAAAUCUGCUUCCAGAGGCUGCAAAAUAUACGAUUAUUCCGCAGUCAAUGUACGGAAGUGUACGGAUUUUAUAAAACAUUACUACAGGCCCAGAGCAAUGAUGAUCAACUAUCGAAUCUGUUGGCGGACAGUAUAAGCCACGAUUUACGAGCUCAUUUGUUCCGUUUGGGAGUCACUUCCAGUGAAAACCUUGACAGUGAUACGUUGCUUUCCGAAAUUGGUUGUAUUAAAUCUGAAAAGGAUAAUGCCUUAGUGGAAGAUCUUCAGAACUCACCAUUUAUUAGUUAUGAAGUAGAAAUCGACUCUCCAAAAUUUGAAAACUAUCCUGAUUCAGAGGGCUCAGAAUCAAGCAAUAAUGAAACGUUAGCUACCAUUCAACGGAAGGAACAAGCCUCAAAGGCGCCUCGAUUGACUGUUUGUCCCGUUCCGGACUGUCAGCAACAAUUGGUAGGUAACAGAUACACUGACCAUUUGAAAGAAAUGCACCGCUACGGCUGCAAACAGUGCGGUAUAAUAUUGAAAUUGAAGCAUGUUAUGGAGAAACAUGUGACUAGUCACAGCCAAAAUCAACCGACUGUGAAGUGCAGCUUCUGCGAGCGGAUGUUCUGCAAUGUGGCCAAAAUGCGCUGCCACGCCAGAGAUGUUCAUUUACAGCAAGCAGCCAAUUACGAGUGCGACCAGUGCGGUGAAAUGUUUGAAAGACGUAAGCUACUAAAUAUUCACCGAGAAUCGCAUCUUCCGAAGAAUUGUGCCUAUUGUGAGUAUCAGUUUGACCAUUCAAAUAAACUGCUAUAUCACGUAAAAAGGAUGCAUCCAACGCAUCUGUUGCGAUGCAAUGUAUGCAGAAGAAUGUUCGUUACACAGGCUUUAUUGGAUCGUCAUUCAAAGAAACAUACGGAAUCACCUUUCUCUGAGGACAGUUAUCAGUUACUAACAUUGAAAAAUUUGCCCAUCUUCGUUUGCGACCAAUGCGAGAAGCAAUUUACUUCAGAAGCGCACCGCUUGGCACACAUGACAAAGCAUGACCCGGCAAGCCGACCUAAAGUUGUAUUCAAAAGGCGUUCAAAGGCGGAGUUGGCCAAACUGGAGAAAAAGUUUAAGUGCGAUCAGUGUGACGCUUGCUACAGACUACCAACUUCACUGGAAACGCACUUGAAGACCCAUUCCGCCACAUUCGUCUGUGAUAUUUGUGGAGCGUUCUUCAAUAACAAGUCCAAUCUCAAGCAGCACAUCACCUAUAAACAUACGCGAAACUAUCGCUAUUUUUGCGAGUUCUGUCCGAAAGCUUGUGCCACAAGUUCCGAUCUGCUGCGACAUCGUCGAGUCCAUACCAAUGAACGUCCCUAUCAAUGUGAGCUGUGCAAAGCGCGGUUCAAAACCAACGAUGGCUAUCGGAAGCACAUGCGAGCACAUUCCGGGGAGAGGAUCUAUCGGUGCGAUCUGUGCGAGAAGACUUUCAAAGACCACUGCAGUUUGAAGACGCAUAAAAUUGCCCAUACCAAUGAGAAGGCAUUCAAGUGCUUCCACUGCGAACAGCAUUUCAAUGUUCCCAGGAAUCGCAGGAGACACAUCUUGCGGGCGCAUCCCGGAUUGCCUACCAAACUGGAGCAAAAGGAGUCUACGGAAGGUACGUAACUUUGAUUAAUAUAUUUUUAAACUCAUC